CAUACACAUGCAAAUAUAACGGUGAAGCAACAGCAAGACUUUUUGGGCUGGUUCCAUUCACGUCAGCCUAACUUUUCUUAGGUCCACUGUGACGCGCGUGGUUCUGCGUGUUUUCCGCACCAACUUUGGAUCGCCGCGCAGGAGGGACGAGGAGCAAGGAGACGAUGUGAUGUGACCCCCGCCCCCCACCCACCCGCGGAUGGAAAAGAAAAAGCCCACCAAAUGACCACCACCAGCGCACCGCCUGAGUCCCAGUGCGGGCUCAACGCCUGAGCAUGACUUUGUUUUGCGUGGCCUCGUGGAGCCGUGGACGCUCCAAGUCACCCAUGCCUUCAGUGGAAUAGUUCGGAAUAUUGUUUUUUUCCUUCCCCCGAGAGAGCCGCGAUGAUGCGCGGCAGCCUGAGCGCACUGAUCCUUAGCUGCCUGGUUCUGUUGGUCCGAGGCGACCCGUGGAGGAGACUGGACUCGAGCAACUGUGAGCUCAACAAGAAACAAACUGACUUAAACUCCUUUUUGUGGACUAUCAAACGAGACCCUCCCUCGUAUUUCUACGGCACAAUCCACGUUCCCUACACUCGUGUGUGGGACUUCAUCCCUGAGAACUCCAAGCAGGCCUUCCAAGAGAGCAACAUCGUCUACUUUGAGCUAGACCUGACUGAUCCUUACACUAUCUCUGCCCUGACCAGCUGCCAGCUGCUUCCUCAGGGCGAGAACCUGCAGGACGUUCUACCCAGGGACAUCUAUCGCAGACUGAAGAGGCACCUGGAGUAUGUAAAACUCAUGAUGCCUUCCUGGAUGACGCCAGAUCAGAGAGGGAAGGGACUCUAUGCGGACUACCUCUUCAAUGCCAUCGCUGGGAACUGGGAAAGGAAGCGGCCUGUCUGGGUCAUGUUGAUGGUUAACUCGCUGACUGAGGCGGACAUAAAGACUCGUGGGGUGCCGGUUCUGGACCUGUACCUGGCUCAGGAGGCGGAGAGGAUGAAGAAGAGAACUGGAGCUGUCGAGAAAGUGGAGGAACAGUGUCAUCCCCUUAACGGUCUCAAUUUCUCCCAGGUGAUCUUUGCUCUCAACCAGACUUUACUACAGCAGGAGUCUUUAAGAGCUGGUAGCCUUCAGGUUCCGUACACAACGGAAGACCUCAUCAGGCACUACAAUUGCGGAGACCUCAACUCCAUCAUCUUCAACCAUGACACCUCACAGGUCCCAAACUUCAAUAAUGUAACGCUGCCGCCCAGCGAGCAGGUGACUGCCCAGGAAAUAGACCGCUACUUCAGACAGGAACUCAUCUACAAGAGGAAUGAGCGAAUGGGGAAAAGGGUGAAAGCCCUGCUAGAAGAGCAUACAGACAAGAGCUUCUUCUUUGCCUUUGGAGCAGGUCACUUCCUGGGUAACAAUACAGUAAUUGAUGUGCUUCGUCGCCAAGGAUACGAGGUAAAGCACACCCCUGCCGGGCAGCCCAUAAACAGGAGAUUAUCAUCCAGGUCAGAUUGGAGUGAGCCAGAGGACCAUAAUGACGAGUCCCCUCUACUAGAGCCUUUCCUCCACGAACUCCCAGAGAGGGACGACGAUCAGGGGCGUUCCCUGGAGGACGAGCGGUUCACCCACAUGUUUCUGCCUUCGGACAGCCUGGAACUGCUGGAGAAAGCGGAGAAGAAGAUGCUGAAGAAAAAACGGAGAAACAAGCAGAAGAAACAGCGGCACAGGCAUUUCAAUGAUCUCUGGGUCCGCAUAGAAGAGAGCGCCGUGGCCCAGUCUCCGCCACUCCCUCGCGUCGUCAACGGUUACAUCACAGUGAAGCCUCCCAGUCGAGACUUCAACCACUACAACUAUUAUAACGUGCCCUCGCCCUCGUCGCUCUGCUCGUACUCACCGAUCCUCCUGUGUGCCUCACUGAUUCAUCAGAUGUGUACCAUAUUUCUCUAGCAUAGUAUUUGUUGCGAUCCACUACAAUAAAGAGAAUCUUAUGGACUCCUUUGGAGAAGGUGUGGAGGUGAUGAAAUCAGACUGUUGGGUUAAUAGUACCAACCAUGGAUAUAAAACAGACGUAUUUGGGACAAUGUGGUCCAGCAAUGCCGGUGGAGUAUCUGUUUUACAAAAUGAGGCCUUGAAUAGAAUGUAAGGGCACUAUCACAGUACGUGUUUUAAAUAUUGAUAGCGUUUCUGCUGUUGAAAAAAAACUGGUGGAACAUAAAAAUGCUGCACACGUCAGUUCCUUUAUUUGUGAGUCUUAUAGCACAAACAGGGAAAUCUCAUUUACAUACAGCGGCUGGUAUAAGUAUUUAACACGUCACCAUUUUUCUCACUAAAUAUAUUUUAUAAAGGUGCUAUUGACAGGAAAAUUUCCCCAGACGUUGUGAACAACCCAAGUAAUCCAUACAUACAAAGUAGAACAAAUAAGCUCCGAAAUUAAGUUAUGUGUAAUAAUGUGAAAUGACACAAGGGAAAAGUAUUGAACGCACCAACUGGUAUUUAUUUAAUACUUUGUACAAAAGUCUUUGUUUCCAAUGACAGCGUCAAGAUGCCUCCUGCAUGGAAAAAAUAGUCGCAUGCAUUGCUCUGGUGUGAUUUUAGUCCAUUACUACACACAAGCAGUCUUCAAAUCUUGAAGGUUCCGUGGGCUUCUUUUCAGGACCUUGAGUUUCAGUUCUUUCCAUAGAUUUUCGAUUGGAUUCAAGUGAUUGGCUGUGCCAUUGUGGCAGCUUUAUUUUUUAUUCUUUGAAACCAAUUGAGUUUCCUUAGCAGUAUGUUUUGGAUCAUUAUUCUGAUGAAAUGUCCACCCUCGUUUCAUUUUCGUCAUCCUUGGAGAUGGCAGCAGACUUUUGUCAAAAAUGUCUCGGUACAUUUGCCCAUUGAGGCUUCCUUUAGUAAUGUGAAGUUUACCAGUACCAUGUGCUGAUAAGCAGCCCCACACCAUCAUGUUCCCACCUCCGAACUUCACUGUUGGUAUGGUGUUUUUAGGGUGAUGUGCAGUGCCAUUUCUCCUCCAAACGUGGUGUGCAUUAUGGCAUCCAACCAGUUCAAUUGUGCUCUCAUCAGACCAGACUAUAUUCUCCCAGUAUUUAACUGGGUUGUCCAAAUGUUGUUCAGCAAACUUUAAAUGAGCUUUGACGUGCCUUGCGUGAUAAGCGUGCAUACAGGCUGUGGCGACGGAGUGCAUUACUCAGUUUUCCUGGUGAGAACAGUACCUGCUAAUUCCAUGUCUUUUUGAAGAUUCCACAGGUGGUCCUUGGCUCUUGGACAACUCUUCUGGUUAUUCUUUGCACUCCUCUGUCAGAAAUCUUGUGAAGAGCACCUGAUCGAGGCAAAUUUAUGGUGGUAUGAUUGGCUUUCCACAUUCAUAUUAUGGGCCCAACCAUGCUCACUGGAACGUUCAGAAGCUUAGAUAUGAGCCUGUAAUCAAUGAUGUUAUGUUUUGCAACAAUAAGUAUGCGAUGGGCUUGAGACAGCUCUCUUCUCUUACCCAUCAUGAGAUGUGUCUUGACUCACACCUUGGCAAUGAGACCUUUUUGUAGGCCAUCAAUUAGGACUGAACCAUCUGAUGUUCAUUUGCACUGACAAGGGUCUGGAUCGCUGUUAGAUUAUUGAUCGAUUUUAGGUGUUGUCGUGGCUUUCCAUGCCUUUUUGCACCUCCCUUCAUGUGUUCAAUACUUUUUCCCUGUGUCAUUUCUCAUUGUUACACAUAACUUAAUUUCUGAUCUUAUUUGUUCAACUUUCUCAUGUAUGGAUUACUUGGGUUGUUCCCAACAUCUGGUGAAAUGUUCACGUCAAUAGGACCUUUGGAAAUAUAUUUAGUGAGAAAAAUGGUGACGUGUUAAAUACUUAUUUCAGCCGCUGUAUCUUAACCAUUACACCGUCACCAUGAGUACGUCUGUUUAAGCGUGUAUGUUCGUGUGCAUGUGUGCAUGUUUCGUAUCGAUCAGCUCUUAAGUCCCCCGGCCAUGUUGAAAGCGGUGUUUUAAUUUAUUCUUCCAUAUUAGAAGAAUCUGAAUUUGUGCUUAAUAUGUUACAUAAUAGCCUAUGUCAGGGGAAAUAUGUAAAUAUUGUCUAAAUAUUAUAGAUGUAUUUUAGAAUUAUUACAAAAAAGGAAUAUUAUGACAUGUUGUUUAUAUGAAUAUAUAAAUAGAUAUGCAGUAUAUUUUUGGACAGAAUCAGGAACUAACCACCAUAAGUCUAUCAUGUGUCUCACUGUAAAGCAAUUUUUUGGGAGCGGAAAUGACAGCUAUUCAACUUUGUGUAUCAGUGUUAAUCACUUGCUUGCCUGUAUGUGUCCAAUGGAAGGACAUUUUACUGUGCAUUCUUUUUUUUUUGUCAAUGUUUUUGUUUAAUUUAUUUAACUACCUUAGUUUCGCUUGAAGUUGAAUGACACAUUCACAGUGCUUUUUUGUACUGUAUUUGGUCUCAUUGAUACAUUUUCCCAUACAGUCAUUAAUGCUAUGCUAUGCUAAGUGAAAAGCAUGGAUCUUAAAAUGUCUUCUUGUUUGGGAAAUGAUAAAUGACCUCCACCAAGUGAGAAAGCUUGAAGGCGAGAGCUUUUCACCCUUAUCGUUGGUUAGUUUAGGAUCUCUCUCUCUCUCUCUCUCUCUCUCUCUGUACAAUAGGCAAUAGAUAUUACCAUCAUCACAUGGCUGCCACGUAGGCACCGGUGAGUAUUAUUGCAUAUCUGUGACCCGGAAAUACGUCAGUCCCAUUCCUUGCCUGCAUUGCGCCACAGCACCAGUAAACAAAAGUGGCCAAUUCUGCAAAUAACAGACUUUGUCAAUGGCAUCGUAAUGUCAUUAUUAAAAUAUAAUAUUAAAUUAUUAUGGAUUAAUACACUUUUACACAGACCUUGGCGGAGAUCUGUGCUCUUCAGAUCUGGUUUGGUGAUCAAGAUUCUCGUUUUUAUGAUUUUUGUGCUUAAAAGAAAACAAAGAAUGAGGAAAUUUGGAGAAACAUGCUUUUUAGUGGUCAGUCACAUUGUAAUGACAAUAAGGCGCCCCAAAUAAAUAAGGAUAAGUGUGCGACAAACAGCGGUGUUCAGUCACAUUUCAGUUAAAGCGUAAGAUGAUUGUAACAGCAUUAUCAUGUCAACAAUAAAAUAUUUAUCCAGAUUAACAUUGAAUUCAGUUUAUCCUUUGCGAAUUUGGCAAAUUUGCAGACACAUGCCGCCACUGUGUGCUGAGCUGGUUUCACGGCAUGUUUAUAGGAGGUUAAUGUGGUGCGAUAAGGGCCGCAGCGAGAAGCCCUCUGAUGUGUGUAUGUGGUCGGCCGCAAACAAGGCAGCUGCUCUGCUGCCAGCGCGUCGAUCCUGCAGGAAACAAACAGGAAGCCAGAGCUAAAGCCAUCUUUACAUGUGCAGGAAAUGAAUGUUAAUUGGUUUGUUAUAGCAACAGGAAAUGUAAGCCAAUUUUUAGUUUGCACUUUGAUUUAGUGGUGAUUGAUUAUAGUGGCUUUUGGGGUGGGGGUUAGGUGUUUUUUGUUUGUUUGUUUGUUUGUUUGUUUUCUGUGAGCUUUUUGUUGCUGAAAUCGCAGCAAUCGAUUUUUCUGUUGCAAGGCACAGGAUUUACUUGCAGUUGAAAAAAGUGAUCUUAAAAAGGAAAUCUAUCUUCAUGCAGUUUUCUACGGAUUUUCCAGGGUUGAUUGUUUUACAUAAACGUGAGAUUCAUGUGACCUAAAAAUGUGUUCCAAUUGGACAAUAUGUGUAUAUGUAAAUUGUAAAGGUCACUGACAAUGAACACACUAUAAGCAUUAAUCGCUGUGCUGUAUAUAUAUGCUUUACUCAGUGUAAUCCAACGCUUUGGAAAAACAUACCUUGUGUGUCACUCAGUCAAGACUCAACAAACAAAAAUGCCGUUCACUGGUCUAAUUGCCUCCCGUGACCUUCAUUUACUGACAGACGCAAUUCAUUUACAAUCACGUCCAGAAGCUGAAACAGUUGCUGCAUUUUAUCAUUGUUGACCAGCAUUCCAUUUGGAAUUCAAAACAUUUUUUUAACAAACAAAAAAAAAGAACUAAAACUUUCUGGAAAUAAACUAUCACAAUGUAAACUGGCCAAAUGCAGGUGUCUCACUUGACAUCACACGUAGAAAAAUAUUUAACACCAUGCUGUGAGGACAUACAUCAGAAAUCAUUCACCAGUGGAUUUGGUGGGUUCGAAUGAAGUUUGAAUGUUCUCCCUGUGCUUGCGUGGGUUUUCUCCAGGUGCUCCGUUUUCCUCCCACAUUCAUGCCUGUUAGGUAAUAUGAUGACUCGAAAUUGUCCUUAGGUGUGUAUGUGAGUGUAAAUAGUUCUUUGUCUGUUUGUUUAUAUUUUGCUCUGUGAUUGGCUGGGGGCCAGUCCAGGGUGUAGCCCCGCCUCUCGCCCGAUGUCAGCUGGGAUAGGCUCCGGCACACCCACAACCCUAAUGAGGUGAAGCAUACUGCAUACUGCUUCACCUCAUUGGGAUGGAUGGCUGGACAAUAAUGUCUAUGAGUUGUAAUGCAUCACGCUACUUUUGCAUUACUUUUUGAGUUAUGGACAUUGAAACAACAGUGGAUUCAAAAGUAUAAUAUUUACCUCACCGUUGAAGAGAUGACAAUCCCAAUACAACAGGUAUUUGUUAAAAAAUGGAAUAUGGCUGUUUUCCCGCUAAACUAUUGUACAAAGGAGGUUAUGUACGUUACUCGUGUUGCCGAGCGAGUAUAACAUUACCAAAAUACUAUAUGCACAGCGAAUAAUAACUAUACAGUAAUUGCGUUACUUUUGUAACUUGCUCCUCCCAACACUGCUUACCUCUCAGUGCAACCUAAGUAAUGUACUGUGUAUGUCAUACUCACAGUCACAGGAUAUUGUGGAGUACUGUAAUGGCAUCUUUUGUUGAUCCAAACAUGUAUUUUGGACAAUUAUAUUUCGUGUGUUUUAGCGACACAUUUUGGUAGAUGAAAACAGAACAGUUGCUAUUUUAUUCUAUUGUGAUCUCAUUAAUAACUGAAAUCCUUACUCUUAAAAAAAAAAAUUCUCUUUCAAACAAAAUUGAAUGACAAUUAGGUGUUAAAAACUACACGCCCCACAGACGAGUGGACGAGGUAAACCUGGAAACCAAGGAAUUGAAAGCAGAUGUCCACGCAGACGGCUGUUUCCUGUGAGCUGGGUUGAAGCAAGACAUGGCGGCCAAUAGGACAGAUUCAAAUUGUUAAUUUUCAGUGGAAUCUUAAUGAUUCUGGAUUGUGUUUCCAAAAAUAUUGGUUUGCUUUGUCGCCCUUGUUAAAAAGGAAUGAAUAGCUUCAUUUAUAGGAUGACGGACUUGGUAAUACAUAGGGUGUUCCUGGGUUUCACAACUUUGAUGACUUCCUGUUAUUAAUCCAAUCCUCACUUGAAUGGAUUUAGUUCCCCCCCCCCCCCCAAUUAUGACGAAUCCACUUGAACGUAUGAUUUUGCCCAGUGCUAUGAAGACCUAGUCCCUCUGUUCAGAAGGUCAAGCAAGCACACAGUUGAAACAACUCCGGUUUAUUUUCCAAGCGGAGCUCUGGUCAGUGUGUGUCGAAGCGUGGCUAUUAUCAGUACAUCAGUCACUGCAGCAUGUUAGCUGAGUACCCGUGUAAUAAGUGCUCUGCCGAGCGAGUCCCUCGCAUAUUUACAUAGGAAAUCUCUUUGGGUUUAUUUCCAACUCCAAGCAGUGGGAACUAUUGAUUUGUCUUGGAGUGCGAUGUUCUCAGACAUUUUUUUGUUGACACAAAGGAGAGUCAAAGGUGAAAAGAAGUAUUUGACCGAAUACAUUUGAAAUCAAACAGAUUGGAUGUUAAAGUACACAUAACUAUAACAACCUUGUAAGUCCACUUUGACAAUUUUGACAUAAUGAAAUUAUGUUUUCUAGGCUGUGCUGUUAAAACUCUUCAGCUAAGGAACCAAGGAAAACAUGUUUAUAACAUUAUUCUUUUACAAUGUCCUUUAGCUGCCAACCUUGCCUUUCAAUAGAUGUACAGUUCUUCCCUGGUGACCCUGAACACCGACUUGUGGGGAGGGCAUCCAACGUCUUUGCGUGGGCAUCAAAAUAUGUAUAAUUCUUGAUCCUUGAGCCUUUUUGAUUGAAGCAUGUCACGGACACGUCAUUAAAGAACCUGGGCACGGUUUUCAAUUGUGCAAAAAAAAAAACAUAACUGGCCUUCUUUAACAAACGGUGUGCUGGCAACCUUGUAGGUCAGCGUAAUGUUUUGAGCAGAUGACAAUGAAAGGAUUCGCAUUGAUGUUUGUAGGUCAAACUCUGGUCAUUAUCUAGGCUGGUAUGCAACAUGCUCACGAGCUAUUUUCCACUCAAAUGGCCUCUACUCGCAGUAUAAAUGAAGCAUGUCGGUCCAUAUAUUUAUUUUCAUGAACUCUGUAUGACACAAGUCUUUGAAGAUUAGCAUUUGUGAAACAUUUAAUUCUUUGUCCACACAUUGAAUGACCACAAAAUCAAAUUUUAUGUGUUGGUGAAGGCGAGGUGGCGAGUCCUGCUGGGUGUACCAAAGGCAUCGCCGGGGCGUCCGUAAAGCCUCGUCUGCUGUGAGAAAAUGCACCACACACUCAAAACUUCAGGAGCCCCUCGCGCUUGCUGAGUUCAAAGCUCAUGUAGACACAAGAAAAAGAUUUACUGGAAAUAUUACAAAUAUCCAAUCUUAGGACAGGGAUACAGAUUUCAGACAACCGUAGGCUAACGCAAGUUUUACUUUAGAUCAUCUUAGAAAGAUUAGGAAAUGUACAGGAUGGCAAAGAAUACCCUGGACACUAUAAUAAUGAUGUAUUUGUGUUGUAUUUAUUUAUUUGUAAAUAAUAAUAAUAAUAAUAAUAAUAAUAACAAUAAAUAAAUAAGGCCCACAUUACUCAAAACUAAUACCAAAUAAAAACAAUUGCCAUUACAUUUGUUUCCUUCGAAAACUUACAGCUUUUGAUAUUUAAAUCUGCUCUGUGAUUGGUUGGUGACCAGUCCAGGGUUUUGGAAAUUUUGGGAACGAACAAAUGGUUGCGUGGGGGGGCUUAAGACAUUUUUAGGGGGCUUCAGCCCACUAAAAACUAGGCCUAGGGACACCAUUGGACGAGACUAUAAUUAUUUCAGCAGUCAUACAUUUUAUGACAUUUUUGCUUGGCGGUGGGCCAUGAGAUAUUUCUAAUGUAAAAUGAGCUGAGUUAAACGAGCUGUCAUGCAUGUGAAUUUCACAGUUAAGUCUCAUGAUUUGCACAUGUGCAGGUUGUGAUUUAAAGUGUGCAAUGCUGCUCUCUGUUUGUCGUCUGAGGUACUGUUUCAGUUGAAAGACACCUUUCUUCAAAAUUGUAUGUGUGUCAACAUUAAGUGACGUGAUUGCCGUGGGGGAAUUGCCUCCUAAUUAGGGUAUAUUAAGUGUCAUAUU